AUGCCCUCUCCAACUCUCCAUUCGCCUUCGGCUUCGCAUCUUUCUCCCGUCGCUACUUGCGUUACUCACAAGCUCACUAGUGGCCCGCCCGCUCUGACGUCCGUGCCGGCGCAGAACACUCCGCGUCCUCACAAACCAAAGAAGAGAGCAGCCGACAGGCCCAGGCCCGAGCGCAGAGACGAUGACGAGCCCCGGUUCACUACCGCCGUCCCGCCGUCCUCGUCGCGGAGGCUGCAGACGAACCCUCCCCGUCCGCGCAAACCUGCGCCACCGCCUCUCGCUUCGUCUCCCUCGCGCGAUCGCCUUCUCGAUGUCUUCGAGUCUCCACCAGACUAUCCUCCACCGUCCUUUCAAGAGGCAAUCUCCUCACCCUCUCCCUUCUUCCCAGCUGUGUUCCCUUCGCCCAGCAUCGUGGUCUCCUCGCCCGAUCGCAGCCCGCCAGUUUCUCCAUCUACCGAGCUCGCAACCUCGACCGUGCACGAGCAGAACUCCGCCGCUGAUUCUGAAUCAAGCUCAGACGUGUCCAGCAUCGAGUUUUUAUCUCUGGACUCUUCGCAGGGAUGGGAAGCGGAUCGGGAGCUGGGACUGGGACUAGACCAGAGAGUCGUGAGGGAGUUCGAGCGCCAGCGUGCCUCCGAGUCCGUAUCUGCCCUCGCCACCCCGCGCCCAUCAGUGCCGAACUUGCCACCGUCCCCCCGAACGCGGUUGCGGUGCUGCUCGCACUGCGGAUCCGUGUGUCCGCAAGAUGGCGAGGACGAACAUGCCAACGACCACGGGAUUUCGAUGCACCGGAGCCCCCACUCGCGGAAGACGACGGGACGGUCGCCUUCUGACGAUUUCGACAUUACGACGCCGCCGUCAUCGCCCAUGACUAGCAGCCCUACCUCCAUUCUGGGCUUCUCGAGCCCGUGGGCGAGCAGUGUCACGCUGUCGUUGAGUAGUGUCUUGUCCUCGCACAAGUCGGUGCCCACUCUCAAGCGCAGAGAGAGUUUCGGCGUGCGACGGCUGUUCUCAAAGGGCAGAGAUCACGAAAUCACUCCUCUGCGGCCCCGCAGCGAGCUGUAUGACUGGGAGGUUGUCGACCCAUCGAUCGCGGAGGAUGACCACUCCAGUUCCGAGUCAGGCUCACGCCCAUCCAACGAGCGCACUGCGAAUGUGCCUUCCCCGAACACACCCCGUUCCCUUGUGUACCCGAGGGAGAAGCCUCUUCCACCGCCAUCCCUAGCGUUUUUGAACCGCCCGGUGCGUCGCUCGCAGCAGCUCGGAUCACCCAUAUCCCCCACGUCACCGACCUCUCCUACGUCCCCCGGCCGACCUUCUCUCCCGCAGAGAUCUCCGAUGCGCGCGGCUCCGCCUCCGCCUCUCGUUCUAGGCGAGAAGAAGUCCAGGCGGGUGCCACCUCCAUCGUCGCCCAAGAAGGCCUCUGCGCACUCGCCGCUCGUGUCUCCCUCGGUGAUUUGGAAGACGCCUGAGCAGACGUGCGAGGAUGCGGAGCGCCAAGUAAGCUCUGCUCCUUCACCCAGCACCCCACGGACACCGUUCUCAGCGAUGAGCCGUGCCUUCUCCCCGACGCGUACGCAACGUCCGUCAUUGUCCACGCCCACCCCCGAAAGCCUAAAGGGCGCUCUCCCGAUUCACUCAUCGUCGCAAGCAAGUCCUUUCUCUUCAUCGCGGUCCCAGCUGCGCCUUACGCCCGUCUCGCCGCUCGCUAUGGAGCGGGUCUCCUCGGCGUACUCGUCGGCGAACGCUACCCUCGGCUCACCUGUCACCCCAGCUACGCCGACUACACCGACGGGCCACUACCCUGGCCGUCCGCUACCCCAACUUCCGCACGAAGCGUCGUCGCCGUCGUCCGCUCCAGUGCCGCUGAGACCGCCAUGCUUAGAAAAAGGUCAUCCGCGCCCGGAAAAUGUGGUCGUUCUUCCGAGCGCGUCUCCCCGCGUCGAACUGCGCCAAUACUCCAACAUCACCGAUCUGGACGUGCUCGCGUCUCGGCUGGCGGAACAGAACGAGGAAGCGGGGGACGGGCGCACUUACGAGGAUUACCUCCUCGUGGCGGAUGUCCUAGGUCCCGGCUCUCCGUCACCUUCCACUUCAGAGCCCGCGCAGCCCGUUGCACCACCCGCAAAUGCAAACGCGCGCCCGGCAUCCCCGUUCGUAGGGCGCGUCGAGGAGGAACGACGCAGGGUGCUGAAGAACGGCACCGUCAAGGUCAAAUUCUCGCUGCUCGGCGUCGUCGUGGACAAGUGUGGGAUAUGCCUCUCGCAGUUCCGGGUUGAGGAGCUCGCUGUGCUCGGGGCGACUUGCCAGCAUGCGUUCCACGAACGCUGCCUGCGCCGCUGGUUGGCGACGAGCCGAACGUGCCCUAUAUGCCGCAUCGCGAUUUCUCUGGCGGAGUACGAUGCGCUGUCGUCGAGGCGCUGA